AUGGGGCAGAAAGAUCUCAGAGCGAUGCUGAAGGAAAAGGAGCGGCCGGAGGGGCGACGAGGGCUGCUGCUGGGGGGCUCGGAGAGCGCCGUUGACCCGAGUCUUGCAAAGCUGUGGCUCUCCCGUCGCAAGGGAAAGAUGGUUCUUUUACGGCAGUUCAGGCUUCUUCUCUGGAAGAACUACAUUUUACAAAAGCGGCAGAUUUUGGUCACGAUCAUAGAGAUCUGCCUGCCACUGUUGUUUGCCGCGAUCCUAAUUGCCCUUCGCCACCGGGUGCACUCCGUCAGCCAUCCCAACGCCUCCAUCUACAGCAACCAGUCGGUGGAUGAGCUGCUGCCUUUCUUCCACUAUCGGCAUUGGCACAAGCCCUGGGAGCUGGUGUACGUCCCCUCGAACAAUACAGCUGUGAAGAGCAUUGCUGAAACGGUGGAGGAGACGUUGCAGGGCCAGCAUAUCAGUAUCAAAGCUCGAGGUUUCCCAUAUGAGAAGGACUUUGAAGAUUACAUCCGGCUUGAUAACCGCUCAGGCAGUGUGUUGGCCGGACUGGUUUUUGAGGACUGUGUCGCACACAGCCAGGAACCCUUGCCACUCCAGGUUAGUUACCGGCUGAGGUUCAAGUACAGCCCCCGGAACGCCCCUCGGAGUGAGCAGACGGGCCUGAACCCAAACAUCGAUCGCGACUGGCACACCAGCUACCUCUUCCCACUGUUCCAGUUGCCGGGGCCCAGGGAACCCAAGUAUGAUGACGGAGGGACACCAGGCUACUACCGGGAAGGCUUCCUCGCUGUGCAGCAUGCUGUGGACAAGGCCAUCAUCCGUUACCACGCCAACAAUUCCGUGGCUGACCUUCUCGAGAGGAUCACCGUGGUUGUCCGGCGCUUCCCGUACCCGCCCUACGUCAACGACCUCUUCCUCUUGGCCAUCCAGAACCAGCUGCCCUUGCUGCUCAUGCUGAGCUUCACCUAUACCUCGCUCAACAUUGUGCGUGCCGUGGUGCAUGAGAAGGAGAAGAAGCUGAAGGAGUACAUGCGCAUGAUGGGUCUCAGUAACUGGCUUCACUGGAGCGCCUGGUUCCUCAUGUUCUUCCUCUUCCUCUUGGUGUCUGUCUUCUUUGUUACCAUGCUCUUCUGCAUCCAGGUGAGCGAACAAGGGGCGGUGCUCACAAACAGUGAUCCGACCCUGGUGUUCGUCUUCCUGACUGUCUUCUCCAUCUCCACCAUCUCCUUCAGCUUCAUGGUCAGCACCUUCUUCUCCAAAGCAAAUGGGGCCGCCGCUGCCGGGGGCUUCCUCUAUUUCUUCUCCUACAUUCCAUACUUCUUCAUUUCCCCCCGCUACGACCGCAUGACCCACAGCCAGAAGCUUUCGUCCUGCCUCGUCUCCAAUGUCGGCAUGGCCAUGGGAGCCCAGCUGAUCGGCAUGUUUGAAGGGAAAGGCACGGGUGUUCAGUGGAGGGAUCUGAUGAAGCCAGUCAGCGUGGACGAUAAUUUUACCUUGGCUCAUGUACUGGGGAUGCUGCUGCUGGACUCGGUGCUGUAUGGCCUGGUGGCCUGGUACGUGGAGGCCGUCUUCCCCGGAGAGUACGGCAUCCCCCAGCCCUGGUACUUCUUCAUCAUGCCUUCCUAUUGGUGCGGCAGCCCCCAGAUGGUCUUGGGGAAGGAGAAGGAAGAAGAGGAGGACCCAGAAAAGGCCCUGAAAAGCCAGUACAUCGAAGAGGAGCCGUCAGACUUGGUGUCAGGGAUCAAAAUUAAACACCUCUCCAAGGUGUUCAGGGUGGGGAACAAGAGCAAAGAGGCGGUCCGGGACCUGACCCUAAACAUGUACGAAGGGCAGAUCACGGUUCUUCUGGGGCACAACGGUGCUGGGAAAACGACGACUUUGUCCAUGCUGACAGGACUGUAUCCCCCGACCAGCGGCCAGGCCUACAUCAACGGCUAUCAGAUCUCACAGGACAUGGUUCUGAUACGGAAGAGCCUCGGCCUUUGCCCCCAGCACGAUGUCCUCUUUGAUCACAUGACUGUGGAAGAGCACCUUUUCUUCUACGCUGGGCUGAAAGGUUUCCCUGUGGAGAAGUGCCCGGAGGAGAUCAACCGGAUCCUGCACAUCCUCGCCCUGGAAGAGAAACGCAGCUCUCUGUCGAAGGCGCUUUCUGGGGGGAUGAAGCGUAAGCUGUCCAUCGGCAUUGCACUCAUUGGAGAUUCAAAGGUGGUGAUGCUGGAUGAGCCAACCUCGGGCAUGGACCCCGUCUCUCGCCGGGCCACUUGGGACCUCCUGCAGCAUCAGCGGAGCGGCCGCACCAUUUUGCUUACCACGCACUUCAUGGACGAGGCAGAUCUGCUGGGGGAUCGUAUUGCCAUCAUGGCGAAAGGCGAGCUCCAGUGCUGUGGGUCCUCACUCUUCCUCAAGCAUAAAUAUGGUGCCGGAUACCACAUGGUGAUGGUCAAAGAGCCCUGCUGUAACCUGGGGGAAAUCUCCUGCCUCAUCUACCACUACGUGCCCAAAGCCACCCUGGAAAGCAACGCCGGAGCAGAGCUUUCCUUCAUCCUUCCCAAAGAGAGCACGCACAGGUUUGAAGCUCUGUUCACAGAGUUGGAGUUACGGCGAGACGAGUUAGGCAUUGCCAGUUACGGUGCCUCAGUCACCACCAUGGAAGAAGUCUUCCUCAGGGUGGGCAAGCUGGUGGACUCCUCCAUGGACAUCCAAGCCAUCCAGCUGCCGGCUUUGCAGUACCAGCACGAGCGGCGGUCCAGUGACUGGGCCAUGGAUGACUCCAGCAGCCUGAGUGGAAUGACGGAUGUGACGGACGACAGCGGGGCCCUCAUCACGGAAGACUGCUCCAAUGUGAAGCUGAACACCGGGUUCUACCUCUGCUGCCAGCAAUUCUAUGCCAUGUUCAUGAAGAGGGCCGUGUACACCUGGCGUAACUGGAAGAUGGUGGCCGCCCAAUUCCUGGUGCCUCUGAUUUUCACCGCCUUUGCCCUGAUUGUAGCCAAGACCUUCCCGGGGCCUAGGGACUCCCCCCUGCUCCAGAUGACCUUAAACCCCUACGGCCGGACUACAGUGCCUUUUUCAGUCUCGCAAGACUCCGCCUUGGCCCAGCAGUUAGCAGCGCAGUACUCGGAUCUGGUUCGUACUCAGCACCAGUGGCCGCAGAAGGUGGAAGGUGAUCUGCAGGAGUUCCUGAUUUCUCAAGCAGCCAAAGAGGGGGGAGCUUUCAACGAGCACUGCGUCGCCGCGGCUUCCUUCGAAGGGGACGAGAAUCAGACGUGGGUCACGGCGUUCUUCAACAACCAGGCCUAUCACGCUUCCGCCGCCGCGCUGCUGCUGGCCGACAAUGCCUUGCUGAAGCUGCUGGUCGGCCCCAAUGCCUCCAUCACCGUGGCCAACUUCCCGCAGCCCCGCAAUGUGACUGAGACUGCUAAGGACCAGCUCAUGGAAGGCCAGACGGGCUUCGCCAUCGCCAUCAACUUGCUCUACGGAAUGGCUUCUUUGUCCAGCACUUUUGCUCUCCUGCUGGUCAGUGAGAGAGCCAUCAAGGCCAAGCACGUGCAGUUUGUCAGCGGGGUCUACGUCAUCAACUUCUGGCUGUCGGCCCUCUUGUGGGACCUCAUCAACUUCCUCACUCCCUGCGUGCUCAUGCUGGUGAUAUUCCAAGCGUUUGACGUGAAGGCGUUCACCCAGGACAGCCAUCUGGUUGACGUGAUGCAGAUCUUCCUCCUCUAUGGCUGGGCCAUCAUCCCCCUCAUGUACCUGCUCAGCUUCUGCUUUUCUGUGGCUGCUACGGCCUACACCCGCCUCACCAUCUUCAACAUCUUCUCGGGGACGGCCGCCUUCCUGGCGGUCACCAUCAUGAGCAUUCCGGCGCUCGGGAUGGUCGAUCUCUCGAAGUUGCUGGAUAAAAUCUUCCUGGUCCUGCCCAACUACUGCUUGGGGCAAAGCAUCAGCGACUUCUACCAGAACUACGAGUUCAUACAGUUCUGCACCUCUUCGUUUGAGGCUGUCGUGGUCUGCAAGAUGUUCAAUAUUACUUACCAAACCAAUUACUUUGCAUGGGAGAGCCCUGGAAUUGGCAAGUACUUGGCCUCCAUGGCUGUUCAAGGGCUCUGCUUUCUCCUCCUCCUCUUCCUCAUCGAAACCAACCUCCUUUGGAGAGUCAGGACCAUCAUCUGUGGCAUGUGCCGGCGGCGGAAAUGGGUGCUCCUGCUGAACAAAGUCCCCGUGUUGCCGGAAGACCGGGAUGUCGCUGAUGAGAGGAAGAAGGUCUUGGAGUCUCCACCAGAAGCUCUUUCAUCCCUGAACAGCCCUCUGGUCAUCAAGGAGCUGACCAAGGUGUAUAGCAGCAGGGACUCGCGGCUCGCCGUGGACCGGAUCUCCCUGGCGGUCAACAAGGGCGAGUGCUUCGGCCUCCUGGGCUUCAACGGGGCAGGAAAAACCACGACCUUUAAGAUGCUGACGGGGGACGAGAGCAUCACUUCGGGAGACGCUUAUGUAGACGGCCACAGCAUUUUGGCCAAUAUCAAAAAGGUCCAGCAGCGGAUUGGCUACUGCCCUCAGUUCGAUGCUCUUUUGGAUCACAUGACCGGGAGGGAGACCCUGAGCAUGUAUGCCCGGCUGCGGGGCAUUCCCGAGCGCUACAUCGGCAGCUGCGUGGAGAACAUGCUCCGAGGCCUGCUGUUGGAACCGCACGCGGACAAGCUCGUCCGGACAUACAGUGGUGGCAAUAAGCGGAAACUGAGUGCCGGGAUCGCCCUGAUCGGCGGCCCCCCUGUCAUCUUCCUGGACGAGCCCUCGACGGGCAUGGACCCCGUGGCCAGGCGCCUGCUUUGGGAUGCGGUCACCAGGACGCGGGAGUGCGGGAAAUCCAUCAUCAUCACUUCCCACAGCAUGGAGGAGUGUGAGGCCUUGUGCACCCGACUGGCCAUCAUGGUGAACGGGCAGUUCAAAUGCCUGGGCAGCCCCCAGCACCUGAAGAGCAAGUUCGGGAGCGGCUACACCCUGCUGGCCAAAACCCAAAGCGACGAGGAGGAGAACCUGCAGGCCUUCAAGACGUUUGUGGAGAAAACUUUCCCAGGGAGCAUCCUGAAGCAUGAACAUCAGAGCAUGGUCCAUUAUCACCUGACGAAUAAGAACCUCACUUGGGCACAGGUGUUCGGGGCACUGGAGAAAGCCAAAGAGAAGUACCACGUGGAAGACUAUUCUGUCAGCCAAAUCUCCUUGGAGCAGGUCUUCAUGAGCUUCACCCGUUUCCAACACUACACAGAAGACCGAGGGAAAUGAGGCCGGGCUGGGGAGGGGGCGUGAGACCUCCACCUGCUCCGUGGGACUCGACCUGCUGCCUAUAUAUAUAGUAUACAUAGAGACAGUAAUUUAUAUUAUCCACCAUGUCUUCAACAAUGCCGAAAAAGGACGGCUGGCAGGGGCUGGGCGGGUGGGGGCCCCCCUGCUGGCCACGGUUCCAGGAUCAAGAAGGAAGAGCAUGCGUGGGGGGCGAAUGUGUUUUGCGUGCUAGGGUGUGUGCCCGCAUGUGAGAAGCGCGGGAGGCGACAGUGAAGCGACCGCCUUCCGAGGCAACCUGUGAAUCCCACUCGCUGUCACAUCACUUCGAAGCCAACAGAGACAACGGGAUUCCUCCACCGUACAAAAAAAAUGAACUCUCGAUUCUCUGGUGUCUCGGUACUCAGCAUGUUGCCCGCUAGGGUACCGGUUUAUCCGUCCCUCCAGAAUUCCUACUGGAUCAGUGCCGAUAUCAUUGACUUCUGCAUGCCUCUCUUUGGGGGUACUGGCAACGCACACACUCCGGCUGUGUCUGUAACUGGAAGAAAACGUCCGUGUCCAAGUAUCCGCCCGUCCGAGCCUCAUCUUUCCACCCGUCACCUCGUCCCAGGCUGUGAAAGCCAACUGGGUUUCCCGCUCCGAAUCUGGAUCAGAUCUAAGGCAUUUGUUUUUAAGAGAUUUGGGUGGGUGGGGUGUGUGAUGCAUUAUUACUUUUCAGAAAACAAUGAGGCUCAGCUCCGCACUGAUGCUAUCCUCAUAGGAAUUCCAGCAGGCGCCUCUCCCGGGGAGGGUCACCUGUAUCCGGUCCUGCCCCAUUUGCCGUCCCCGUUCUCUGGUCUGCUCACAUGCGCACAAGCUCAACAGCCAUUCCAAAGGUGGGUUUUUGCCGCGGUUUAAAGAGGCGUCGUUUGGGAGCUAACCGAAAGCGUUCGCUGGGAAUUCUGCACAGGCUAUUCCUAGCUGGUGAAGAUGCCGCUCGGGCAGGCUUUGCUCAUUCCGUCCGCCGCUUCUGCUCGGCUUAUGUCGUGAGUGGCUAAGCGAGAUGAGAUUUCUGAAUCCUAUUAACCAAUCACAGCUUAAAUGUCGGAAAGCCUUCUGGCGUUAGGUGGACCCUUUGUGCAACAGGCAGUCGCUGUUUCAAAAGGGAACAAUUAGUGCUCCUUCCCUUCUUUCCCCCCCAUCAUGUCAGGAAGAAAGUUGCAGAUUGCACCAAGUUCAUGCAAACCCCAGGCUUGAACCUUGCAGAUGAUGCCCUGUCAAAGUGCCGUCGCCUUAGCAACAGAGCAGGAAACGGCCCCUGUGCCUCGGAGUGACUCUCUCUCUUUAACAGGGAAAUCUUACCACGAGGUGAGCAAUCCAGGUUGUUCAUCCAGGUGCGUGCAUCCUUUCCCCUCUCAGCGCAGCUGUAGGGUGGUGUGGAGGUACAACCUGUUGGGGAGGGGGAGAUCUUGGGUUCCCCUCCCCCCAUGGUGGUUCUGUUUUGCCACACCGGGGUGCAUUUUAAAAGCAUAAGCAAUCAUGUUGCGUUUUCCUGGCUAAGGUGGCAUCUUCUCUGCCAAAUCAUUGCACACGUGCUCAGAGACGGUGUUUCCUUUACAGAAAAAAAAAGAAGAAGCGUGGGAAGGGAAGGGGUCUAAGCCAGUUUUUGUCCUGUAUCCAAAAAGGGAAAUAAUCUUCUGUAGGGGCAAAUGGCUCUAGGCUUAGGUCAACACGGUUUCUCCUCCAGCAGGAAAUCCACAUGGCAUUUGUCAAACUUGAACGGGACUUGUUUAUUAGGCUCUGCACUGAGCCCUGUGAAUGCUGCUAGCUAGAUCACCAAAAUGACAACGACAAAAACGAAAGACAAAAAACAAACCCCAAAUAAAUGAGUUGGGGAAUACAGCAGCAAAAAAAGGGGGAGAGAAGUAAACCCUCCCGCUCUAUCUCCCAUUUACAGGCAGCUGUGAGUUCUCAUGGCUCCUUGUUAGGAUUUGGGCAGGAAAUAGGAAGUGCAUACUCCCCCCCCCCACUCCAAUUUGGUGUUAUCAGUGGCACCCUCUUCUCACACGCCUGUGGAAAACCAAGAACUGGCCAGUCCAACGAUUCUGAUGAAUGUUUUCAAGAGUCUGUCAUCUCUUUCUCUUCAGAGGGGAUCAGCCCCGCUAAUGUGGAAUUUUAUUUCCCGGCCUCAAGGAGCCCCAAUUCCUGGAAACCCACCCAUUCGCCUGAGAGAUGACCCAAUAAAGUGAAUAAAUCGCGUGUUGGGUGGCGUGAUACCCCCAUGUCUAUAGUUACGCUGCCUAUGAGUGGAAUCUGGCGUCUAAGAAGUCUUGACUUUCAUAUUUUGUUUCUUGAUAUAUUUUGUAAUAAAACAAGUUUAGAGCCCCAAA